AUGUCUGUACUUGCUGAAGGUGGGGAGACUCUACGAACCGAUUACCAUACAAUUUUGAUGGUCCAAAAGGGGGGUGUCAAUUCAACGGGAUUCAAAGACACUUUCGGCAAUCCAGACCCCACUAUCACUGGUCUCAUUGUUGCUAUAUACGAAAUAGGAUGUUUUCUCGGAAGCGUUGCUACGUCUGUUUUCGGGGAGAACAUCGGAAGAAAGAAAUCAAUUGCGAUAGGAGUGAUGUCUGUAUGCAACUUUCGACGUUAA